AUGGAUAGGAAUAAUAACAGAUUAGAGGAUUUAGAAAGUUCAAGGUACUUACAAAAUCAUCCAUUACUGGUACCAUUAUUAGAUGUAAAAGCAAAUGAAUAUUGGCUCUUUCAUGGUUCUGAUUCUAAAAUACAUCAAGUUUUAUUAAAGAACGGUUAUGAUCCUCGAGUGUCGAAUGUAUGGGGAAUGUUUGGAGGUGGAUUUUAUUUGGCAGAAAACUCAAGUAAAUCCAAUCAAUAUAUUCCAUGUCCUGGUUGUCAACAAAAUUGUAUAUCUCAUGAGCCUCAUUGUAAAUGUAAAAAGCAAGAGGAUUUCCAGUAUUUAAUUAUUCUUUAUCGAACAUUAUUAGGAGAUGUGCAUAUAGUAAAAGAAUACAAAAGCGAAAUUUACCGUGGAACAGAUGUACAUCAUCCUGUGCGUCGACCACCUCAAAGAAAGAAUUCAGAGGAAUUGUAUGACAGUGUGAUGGGCGAGUGUAGAAAAUAUGGUGGAGAUCGAUUAAAUUAUCGUGAAUUUGUCGUAUAUGAUGCUGGUCAAGCGUAUCCAGAAUAUGUGAUACAAUUUAAGAGAUCAACUAAAAAGAUUGGGCCACAAUUUGAUAUGAAAUGUGUGAUAGAUAGUUGUCAUACUCUUCUUACAACUUAUUCAAGUUAA